AGUCUACCUCCGCAACGCCCUCCCUCAUCUCUGCGUCCUACCACGACGCACGGCCACCCUCCUCCCGUCCCUGCUCCCACCACUUUCGAGCGCCCCCGUGGCGCGCUGUCUGGCACGCACACGCCCUGCCGACUGCAUUCUCCGGAGCCGGCGGAACAGCACGCCCCUGGCGGCCGAGGCUACACCCGGAAGACGACACAUUUCGUGCAUCUGCACGCUCAUUGCUCCGUCGUUGCGCGCCCUUGCUCGCUCCUGUCCAAUUCUUUCCCCGCGCUCUCUAUGAUUGCGCAAUUUCCCUCCCCGGUGCUAUCUGUAGCUGCUGAUGUCGUCGAGGAGCUCGAUGGAGAGGACGCGCUGUACGCGCUAUGGAAUCUGUUCACAAAAUGUAAAGAGUCCUUGAAGGACGGCCGUCGCCUCGAGAAUAUUUCUUGGCGCUUAUGGUACCGCGAGAUAGCAGCUGCCCAACACUCGCCGUUCUCCUCCCCCGGAUCCCUAUCGCCACCGUAUUCCGAGAAGCGAAGCUCGCCCCCUAUCACUCCGAUAUCGGAGGAUGGCCAUGCUCAUAAUCAUCCAUCGGUUCGGCCCCUGCUCGACUCUGCGGCACUUCCGUCCGUACACUCGUGGCACGGCGAUCAAACCAGUCUGAAUGUCCUCGCUGCAGGGCGACGCCUCAGCACGGCCAGCGCGCCCGCGCACCACGUGCAUCCACACCCUGCGUUCUGUGUUGGAAAAAUGAUCGUUGGUAUUUUGCCGGAGAAGCUGAGUCUCGUCGCAAGCACGAACCGCGAGGCGGCACAGAAUGUGAAGGCCAUCGAUGCGCCGGUAAAACCAACCUCUGACGUUCCGACGAUUGUACAGCCCCGCCCCGUCGUAGCAGUGCAGAUGUCCACCACCCCCUCUGCCGCCGGCCCUGCCCCGCGCGUUGUUGUCGUGAACCCAACCCCACAUCCGACACCUCCAGCAACGCCGAGCAUUCCCCGCGGGGCAUCUGCUGUGCCUCGAACCACAGAUCGACCAGCCCGCUUAUUGCCGCCGCCUCCCACACAGAACGGGCAUGCAGCAGCACGAGCACCAGCAGUCAUUCCGGUCAAGCCGGCUGUCACCACAUCACGUGAUCCGACUACUCGCGUCUCGGGCGAUGCGACACUCAAGCCAUCCGAUAGGCGAUUCUUCCUGCAGGGAGCUGCAGAGAGCCCGGAGCGAGACUCCCCGGAUAGCGUGGCGAAGCAGGCGGAAGCGAAGUCUGAUGUUCACACGCAGAGCCCUAGCAGCGUAGCGUCGAGCCAGUUGAGGUCGGAUGGCGGCGGGCGUCCUUCCGGCAUUGCGGCCAAGAAGGGAAUGAUGAAGGCUCACGCGCGGAAGAGCAAGGAGACGGUGCGGCAUGUUCCGGCGCGUGCAGUAGGCAUGCAUCGUGUGCAGACGCAGACACAAUUGCAUCGCACGCAGACGCAAGCGCAGCUCCAUCGUCAGGCUGGCCAGCGAAAGACGGCGAACGGCGAGAAGAAGACGACGUUCAACAUCGGCUCGUUGUCGUCGAACGGCUCUCGGGACGGAGGCGCUGUUGUGUCACAACAAGCGCAGAAGGAGCCGGCGCCGAUCAAACCUCAGCCCGAGCCGCCUUCCAAGCAGGCACAUGCACAUGGCGCUGUGCAACCACCACGACGUGGCAUCGUUGUCACGUCCUCUGAGUACGAGACGGAUACGGAGGACGACUCGGAGUGGGCAUCGGAAAACAGUGCGGAUGAGCGGGAGAAGCGGCAGCGCGGCCAGCGAGAGGAAAGUAAGGUCCGCGAGGCGGCAGAGGAAGCGCAACGGCAACGCGACAUGUUCGCAAAAGUGCCGAAGCGCUCGUAUUCGAACCUCAACCGCACGCGUUCGGGCCUGCUCUCACAGCUGCUCAAUCCUGACCCGAACUUGUUCCCGCCGAAUCACCCGUAUCGCAUACGCGGGUUCUCGUCACAGGACAUGACACAGUUUGGCCGACAGGGUGCGGGCCGUGCGGCGCCCACAUUGCAGACGAGUAAGAGUACCGCUGCGAUGCCUGUCGCCGCGCAGGUCACGGCGCAGGCGCCCACCUCGAAUGGCAGUGUCGCUGCGAAGAGCCACGCGCACCGCCAUAAGGGUCGGCCGCAGAGUGCCGAGAUGGAGGAUGAAAGCGAUAGUGAGGAGGAGGGACUCGAGAAUGCGCUUGAGAUGUCGAAGAGCGUCGCGCAGCAGAAGCUCGCCAAAUUCGCAGACGCAAACCCUAGAAGGCAGUCUGAACGCGCGCCCGCGCCUGCAGAGCGUCCUGUGCGACCUACGAUCCUGUCUGUCGCGACGGCCCCCAUUCCUCUUGGGCACCCGUACAACCUCCCUGCGCCUGCGCCGCCGAUGACGCCGCGCACGACGCGUCGGCAGAUGCUCGCUACCGAGCUCUCGGAGAGCCUGCGGCGGAACUUGCUUUGGGAACGGCAGGUCAGCCGGAACAAUCUGACGAGUGGCCGGCGUGGUGGGUUGCUUGGGAACCCGUUGCGGCCGCUGACGACCGUGCAUGGGAACCAGUCGAACUCGGGCACGAAUAGCGGGAACGAGGACGAACACAAGCAGCGCGCGAUGUCGCGCAACCGUAGCUGGGCGGACGACUAUCACUACGCGGGGUGGUAGUCAUGGUAUGGCAUGGGUUCUCUUGGUUUAAUGUACAACAUCUCUUUCUCUCUGCAUAGGAUCUCUUCGUCGUCUUCCUCAUUCUCAAUCUCACCAGGCCGGGUCUGCUCUCACAUGCUCAUCGGACGAUCACCACUCGCAGUCGGGGAUUAGUGCAGGUGGGUGGUACAUGAGUAUACCUCAUACGUGCAUAUCUCCCCGUCGCAUCGCAUCGCAUCACAUUCGUCAUCUUCCCGCCCACGUUCGCUGCCCAUACUGAUUGUCGAGCAUCAUGCAAGUUGUGUGCUAUAGUAUAAUGUGUAAGAUUAGUUUCGAUAACAUACGCGUACAUAGCCCGCUGGAGCCGGUAGUGCAGGACGUAAUCCAAUUGCUGUCUGCAGUCCGUCGCGCGAGCUUUGCGAUUCC